AUGGGAGUCCCCGCCUUCUUCCGCUGGCUCAUCAUGCGCAACCCCAAAAUCGUCCUCGACGUCGACGAGGCCCCUCCGCCCGCGCCCUCCGCCAACCCCCCCGUCGACUGCUUCUACGUCGACAUGAACGGCCUCAUCCACCCCGCCUGCAACCCCCAGACUCCCGGCAUCCCCUUCCCCACCUCCUUCGAGGAGCAGUGCCGCAACAUCGCCAGCUACCUGGACCGGCUGAUCAACAUCGUCCGGCCCAGGCGCCUGCUCUACCUGGCCAUUGACGGAGUGGCUCCCCGUGCCAAAAUGAUCCAGCAGCGGUCCAGACGCUUCAGGGCCGCCCUCUAGCGCAGGAACAAAGAGAAGGCCGCCGCCCGCCUCAGCGACAAGUUCCGGCAGGAGGGCGCCUACCUCGAGGCCAUGCGCGACGCCGCCCAAGGCAACCCCUUCGACUCCAACGUUAUCACCCCCGGCACCCAGUUCCUCUACCAGGUCUGCCAGUUCAUCGGGCAGUACAUCCUCGAGCGCAUGAACAGCCACCCUCAGUGGGCUUCCCUCGAGGUCGUCUUCUCGGACGCGAAUGUCCCCGGCGAGGGCGAGCACAAGAUCAUGGAUUUCAUCCGCCACCAGCGCACUUUGCCGGGCUACGACCCGCACACCAGGCACUGUCUGUACGGGGCGGACGCAGACCUGCUGAUGCUGGGGCUGGCCACGCACGAGCCGCACUUCUUCGUGAUCCGGGAGACCAUCGUGCAGGAGCGGGAAAAGGCCUGCACCCUGUGCGGCAAGUCAGGGCACUUUUUCUUUGAGUGCUCGAAAAAGACCAGCGAGGUGCGCCCCGAAAUGUGCGUGGACUUCCAGUACGUGCAGCUCAAGUACUUCAGGCAGUUCUUCCAGAUUCACUUUCCAGCACAUGGCCAAGACCCGCCCCUUCACCUCGAGCGGGUCAUCGACGACUUCAACUUCAUCUGCAUCAUGGUGGGCAACGACUUCCUGCCGCACCUGCCCUACCUCAGCAUCCGGGAGGGCGGGAUCGACGCCCUGUUGUUCCUCUACCACAUCAACUUCGCCAUGCUGGAAGAGUUCCUGCUCAUGAUCGUACGGGCAGAGCCUGACCUGAUCACCGACCGCAAGGCCCGCGAGGAGAACGAGCGCAGGCGCCACCUGAACCAGCGCAGGGACCCGGGCUUCUGCCACAAGCAGCAGUAUUACUACUCGAAGUUCAAGCUAGAGGCCGACCAGUUCAUCGACUUCCGGGAGAGGAUCCGCCAGGCCUAUCUGGAGGGGCUUGCUUGGGUCUGCGCCUACUACAACCAGGGCUGCUGCUCCUGGUCCUGGUUCUACCCCUUUCACUACGCCCCCUACGUCAGCGAUCUUAUCCCCCUCAGCAACUUCAGCCCCCGCUUCGACCUCAGCCAGCCCUUCAAGCCCAUGGAGCAGCUGCUGUCGGUCCUGCCAGCCCGCUCGAGUGACGCGCUGCCCUAAUUCCUGCGGCCCUGAUGAGCGAGCAGUCCAUCCUCGGCGACUCUUCCCGAAGAGUUUCAGAUCGACCUCGAGGGCAAGAAGUUUACCUGGCUUGGAGAGGUCCUGAUCCCCUUCAUCGACGAAAAGCGAAUCCUGGAGGCUAUGAAGGGAUACGAAAGCCAGCUGACCGAGGAGGAAACCAAGCGCAACACCAACAGAGAAGCAGUGGUCUUUACCCGCACCGAGUAUGCGCUCGGCCCCAACCUGGAAAUCAUCCCGGGCCGGAUCGCAGCCCACGUCCUUCGCAGGAACGAGGUGUCUCGGUUCAAGGCGCCCUUUUCAGACAUCGAGCGGGACAACUCGGUGCUGAUCUUCGUGUUCAGCCUGAACAGUCCGGGGUGCCAGCCACGGCGGCACACGAGCGCGCUGCUGCUGGAGGAGGACGAGGAAGUUGAGAUGCUGCCAGGCUACAUCGAGCGGACCGACCGGCGUGGCUUCAGCGGGGAGAAAGCUAUAAACAUCGUGCGGCGGGCGUUAGGGAUCAAGAGCAACUUCGGCAGCCACAGCAGGGCGGAGUGGGACGAGUUCCACGAGGACAGCCGGCGGAGACGCUCACGGUCGCGGGAGCGCAGGCGGUGA